AUGACGCCCAGCAGCCAGCAACAGCGAGAACAGACACGACCACGUAUAUCUACCUAUGACACCAGUUUCGCUAAGAUCAUCGUCGGCAGCAAGGAAAGGUGCUUCACUGUGCAUCUCGACCUACUGGUCUACCAUUCGCCCUUCUUCCGAGCUGCCCUAACCGGGUCUUUCAAAGAAGCCGACGAAAAUCUCGUCACUCUCUCCGAUACCGCAUGGAAUAUCUUUGAGCUAUUCGUGCAUUGGCUCUACUUCGACAGACUUCCCACAGAAGUCGACUCGCCCGAACUACUUGCGCUAUACUGUGACGACGACAAUGAGUAUUUUCAGUGUAAAGUACUUGUCUGUCUCUACGUCUUCUGCGACAAAUACGAUAUAUCCAGGUUGAAGCGGCUUUGCUUGAAUACUCUCUUUCAAAACAUCACCGACAAAUCCGAACUCCCCAGUUUUGCGUACAUUGGCUAUGCUUUCGCCAACUUGGGGGAGAAUGACCCGCUCUGUCACUUCUUGGUCGAUACGUUUUGCUACUGGAGUGGGGCCGAUUGCUGGUCGCUCGAUGAUGUCCAAGAGCUACCACACAGAUUCUUGACAAAAGUCUUGACUCGAUACACGGAGUAUACACAUGGUGGACGUGAUCUGGUUGGUUCGCCCGAGUUGUGUAACUACCAUGAUCAUGCAACAAGUCAGGAGAGGAAGGAGUGUAAAAAGAAGAGGGGGGAGGAUGAGGAUGAGGACGAAGACGAGAGUGACUAG